AUGUCGAAACUAAUUCUGUUUUGGUUUCUCUUGCCGUUCUCCCUACUUCAAGCGGUAGAACUUGAUGAUUCAGUUUUAGUCAAUGACGGAACAGACGUUUAUAUCGAAUUUACUUUAGUUCCAAAAAGUCACGCCAAAAAGCUAAAUCAGCAGUCAAAAACAGACACUAAAAGACUUCUUCACUCCCCCCCCCCUUUAAAUUGGAACAAAAUAUCGGUAAAAUUUCCACUUUUUUUGGUAAAUUAACCCCCCUUUAAAUUGGAACAAAAUUUAAUUUUAUAAUAAAAAAUUAUAUAUAAUUUUUAUCUAAAAAGUUUUGAUAUAAGUUAAAUGUUUUUUCUUAACUAAAAUUAAAAAUUUAGUUAUAUCUUGCUCUUUUUUAAAGAAAAAGUAUAAAGAACAUCUUAUUUAAAUCAAUUUAUUAUCCUUAAUUGCUAAAUUUUAAAAACAAAUUAAUUUUUUUUUUUUAAAAAUUUUGUUUUUUUUUGAUAAAAAUGAUAUUUUUUAUUUGGAUAGUUUUGAUAUAAAUUCAAUAGGAAUUCUUUAUAAAAUUUCAAAAUUUACUUAUUUCUUGCUUUAUUUUAAAGAAUAGAGUAUAAAUAAUAUCUUAUUUAAACAAAAUUAGCACUUUGAUCGAUAAAUUUUCUAAAAUUGUUUUUUUUUUUAAUUUUUUUUUAUCAAUAAAAAUAAUAAUUUUUGUGUAAAUAAUUUUGAUACCAAUUAAUAGUGGCGUAUUAACUAAUAAUGAAAAUUUAGUUAUACCUUGCUUUGUUUUAAAGGAUAAAGAGUAAAUAGCAUUUUAUUAAACAAAUUUAUUAAUCUAAUUCGAUAAGUUUUUGAAAUUUUUUUUAUAUAUUUUAUAAAAAAUUUUAUAUUGAUAUUUUUUUUUAAAAAAUAAAAUUAACCCCCCUUUAAAUUGGAACAAAAUUAUUAAUUCCAAUUUUAAAGGGGGGGGGGAGUCAGGACAAUUCAGAAUCCUGUGAAAAAGAAAUGAUAAUUGAUGCAACUCUCUUUAAGUUUAGCACUGGAUGCUGUCCCAAAUCUACUUAUUUUGAUGGGAAAAAAUGCAUUCCUUGUCCUGAUGGAUGUGUGGACUGUAAAGAUAUUACUGGAGAAUGUAUCAAUUGCAGACCUGAGCUUGCAUUAGAUGUAGAAAUAAUUAGGAAGAGUCCUUGUUGCUUGGAAGGGUCUUUUUAUAGUGGAUCUGGCUGUGAGAAAUGUCCUGAAAAUUGUUUAAGCUGUAAUAGCACAACCUCAUGUGCUCGGUGUCGAUCUGAAAUGACUGCUGACAUUAAAAUUAAAAGCAAAAAAUCUUGUUGUCCUAAAGGCACAUUUUAUAAUGGCUCUGAAUGCGCUUCUUGCACUCCUAAUUGCUCUGAGUGCGAGGAUAUAACUCAAAAAUGCAUAAGUUGUGAGAAAGAAAUGGCCUUAGACAUAUGUAAUUUCAUAAGAAUAAGCUAUUAUUUUAUUGAUAGGAAAAUUAUUAUUUUUAAUAAAAUAAAAAUAAUAAUACUUUUAUAAAUGGAAAUUCUCAAUAAAUUGGAGUAAAAAUAGCAAAUUCUAAGCCUUGUUGUAGCCCUUCGAGCUACUAUAAUGGAAUUAAGUGCAUGCCUUGUCCUGAAAAUUGCUUGGAAUGUGAUGAUUUUGGAAUCUGCAAGACUUGUGAUAAAGAGAUGGAUCUUGAUAUUACUAUAAAAGGCAAAGGAAAGUGUUGCCCUAAAGGCCAAUUAUAUAAUAUCAUAGAAAAUGAAUGCAAAUCAUGCUCGCCAAAUUGCCUAGAAUGUGAAAAGCUAGGGAGCUGCAGCACUUGUGAUAAAGAAAUGACUCUUGAUCUAGCUAUAAUUAUUCCCAAAAAAUGUUGCCCUCAAGGACUAUUUUAUGAUAAAAUUGAAAAAAUCUGUAAAUCGUGUUCUACUAAUUGCUUACUCCCAGCAUUGGUUAGCAAACAAUUAAAAAAUGUCUAUUUUUGGGAAAACUAGCUCCUCUUGCAAAAAUUAAUUUACCUCCUUUGCUAGGAGUAAAAUAUUUUGCUUACUAAUCCUAAAUGAUCGUUUAUAAUAUUUUGUUAUUUUUCUGUCAAUGCCACAUUAUAAAUAUAUUGAGCAAAAUAGUCUCAUUGAAAUGCCCACUAUCAAAAAAGUAUACCGAAACCCAUAAUUGCUCGAGAGCUGAGGGGGAGCUAGAAUGCGAAAAAUCUAAUGAAUGCCAAUCUUGCGAUAAAGAAAUGACGCUUGACAUGAUUCUUGUAAGUAGAUCAAAAUGUUGCCCGAAAGGAAAAUUCUAUGACUUAGCAGAAAAUAUAUGCAAAACAUGUUUAGGUGGCUGUUUAGAGUGUGAAGGACCAAGUAAAUGCAAUUCUUGCGACAAAGAGAUGACUCUUGAUAUUGCUAUUUCGAAUUCUAAAAAAUGUUGCCUUGAAGGAGAAUUUUAUGACUCAACUCAAAAAAUAUGUAAGUCAUGCUUACCCAAUUGCUCAGAAUGUGAUGGUGAAAGUGACUGUCAAUUGUGUGAAAAAGAAAUGACUGUUGAUACAACUAUUAUAAGCUCAAAAAUGUGCUGUCAUCAAGGACAAUUCUAUGACAAAAGCGAAAACGGAUGCAAGCCAUGCUCAGAUAUAGCCCAGGACAGCCUAUUGUUACCCUGGGCUUGAGAUUGGAGUCGAAUUGCUGAGUUAGCUCGAACCAAAUCAAAUCCACGAAUUGGCAAAUGCUACUAUAGGCAUACUGUCAAAUCAUGAAGUUGGUUUGGCAUCUUUGGUUCCGAACCAACUCUACUGAUUUAUAACUUAAGGCAAGCAAUUAGCCGUUCUGGGUUAUAACUGUUUAGAGUGUUCUGGAAAAGAUAAGUGCUAUUCUUGUAAAGAAGAGAUGACUUUGGACUUAGCCAUUAGCAAGACCAAAAAAUGCUGCUCUCCUGGGGAAUUUUAUGAUAAAAAAGAGAAGAUAUGUAAACCUUGCUCUGCCUAAUAAUUCAUAUAGAGUCGGUGAUGAAAUAUGCCCUUGGUGAUAGCGCACUACCUUGAGGUGUGCCAAAUUACUAUAGCCUAAACCAAGGUUCAGGCCAUUUAAGCUUGCCUAAAACGUUAGUAUGGUGAGGGUAAGAAAUAGAAAUAGAAUUACGGUUAUCAUCUCUGAUGAGACCAAUUAAAAUCCAAUAAAAUUUUAUAAAUCUUCAUAAAACUUCAUAAAACUGCAAAAAAUUCAUAAAACUUCGCAAAAACUCCUAUGCAUCACCUACUUGCGCUUCCAAUGUAGACCAUAUGGAGUUUUGCAUGAACCCCUCAGAAUCCAUCCAUUGCGCCUUCAUCAUCUCCGCUUAUUAUUCCUCCAGUGAUUCUUCAGGACCCUCCAGCACCGCCAGAUGCUCUCCAAGCUUAUACAGAACUGUCCAAACUGUAAAAUCUUUCAGGAUUAUUUCCUCUCAACUUUGGCACGAACUCCAUUAUGUGCGGGAGAAAAUAAUGUGUAUGGUGAGGGUAAGUUAUGGAAGUCAGCUGGUGGCGAUCCAAGUCCAAGUAUUAGUUAUCCGGAUGGGUUUUUGGGCCGCGGGUUCUUUCGCCGCCGGCUGGAAAGUCGUGAUUCUUUUUUUCUGGUUCCUCCCUCAUUCAAGGUAGCCGACAGGGGUAUCGGGCUGGCAUUUGCCUCCAUAACGUCCGAAUUAUGUGAAGCAAUCUUUCUAACCCGUCGAGACUCAGAGAUAUCGUUGCAAGCCCAGGUCUUUGGGAGUAGACCGCAAUUGAGAUAGGAUUCAGGCAACUGAAUACCUCAGGCAAGCAGACUCUGGCGCCACAAGCAUGUGGAGGUAUCAAAUCUGUAAGACUAUAAACCAUUUAAUCUUAAUUUGCUCUGCCAACUGCUUUGAUUGCGAAGAUUCAAAUGAUUGCAAAUCAUGCGAUAAAGAAAUGACUGUUGACACUACUAUUAUAAGCUCGAAAAAAUGCUGUCCUUCAGGACAAUUUUAUAGCACUCCAGAUCAUGAAUGUAGGCCUUGCUUAUCCAACUGUUCAUUUUGUGAUAAUCCAGAUAAAUGCCGAUCUUGUGAUAAAGAAAUGACUCUUGAUGCGCAAAUUGUCAGCUCUAAAAAUUUCCAUCAGGAAAAAUUCUAGAUAGUUUUUUUUCUGCUACUUUUUAUCGUCAAAAAUGGCAGAGGGUUUUUUUCCUGAUGGCCCCUCUAAAAAAUGUUGUCCUGAAGGAGAAUUCUAUGAUUUUUCUACAAAAGGAUGCAUCCCUUGUUCAGAAAAUUGUUUAGCAUGUGAAAAUGCAAAUGAGUGCAGUUCUUGCCAAAAGGAAAUGAUUCUUGAUAUUGAAGUAUUGGGCAUUAAGAAGUGCUGCCCUACAGGCCAAUUUUAUGAUAAAGCUGAAGAUUUAUGCAAAGAUUGCUCAAGCAAUUGUUUAGCAUGUGAGGGACAAAGUGAUUGUAACUCUUGCGAAAAAGAAAUGACUCUUGAAACUCUUAUUGUCAGCUCUAAAAAAUGUUGUCCGCCAGGACAAUUUUAUGAUUCUUCACUCCUCCUUUUAGAUUGGAACAAAAAUUCCAGUUCAAAUUUAAGGGGUGUUAAUUUUUUUAUAUAUUAAUUUUUUCUGACAGUGAGCACUUUUUCCAUUAGGUAUAAAAAAAUAAAAAAAAAAAAUAUAUUGAGGCAAAUGUUGAAUUAUUUUGAAGAAUUAAUAAAAAAAUUAAUCAUUUCAGUGUGAAAAAUUGUUUAAAUAGCAUUCUUCUUGCAUUCGUUUCUUAAUUUUAUGAAAAUUAGUAUUUUCAUCUAUAAAAUUUUCCUAUUAAAAAAGAUUUGUUGUAAUUUAAAGGGAGGUUAAAGAACCAAAAAAUUGAACUCUUGUUCAAAUUUAAAUUGGAGAGUCAGGGGAAAAAAUGUACACCUUGCUCAGAUAACUGUUUAGACUGUGAUGAUCUAAGUGAUUGCAAAUCUUGUGGCAAAGAAAUGACCCUGGAUAUAACUCUUACAAGCUCAUCAAAAUGCUGUCCUAAAGGAGAAUUCUAUGAUUUGGCUGAAAAUGAAUGCAAGUUAUGUUUGGGUAACUGCUUAAUCCUCUUUUAAGUGCGAACAAUUUUUGUCCAGUCUUAAAUUAGCGUUUAAAAAAAUUAUAUAUUUAAAUUUUUGUAUUUAAAAAAUUCUAAUGUUUUAGAAUGAGCUGACUAAAAGGAAAUCUUAUUAUUGUAAUAAUUAAUUAUGUAUAUAAAAUAUUUAUAUAAACUUAGUUUCUUAUUUAAAUUAGGGAUUUUUCCAAUCGAUUUGUUCGCACUCAAAAGGGUUAGAGUGCGAAGGGCCAAGCAAAUGCAGAUCUUGCACUAAAGAUAUGACUCUUGAUAUAGCGAUUGUCAGCUCAAAAAAAUGUUGUCCUGAUGGUUAUUUUUAUAACUCUACUCAAAACGCAUGCCAAUGUAGCCCUGGAAAUUAUUUUAAUGGAAGCAAAUGUUUGCCUUGCCCUAAAGGUUGUAUUGAAUGUGAGGAUAUAACAGGAAUCUGCAAAGACUGCAGCAAUCAAAUGAUCGUAGAUUUGAAAAUAAAAAGCUCUAGGUCCUGCUGUUCUUCAAGCCACUACUAUGAUGGUUUGGAUUGUCAACCUUGCCAAUCAGGCUGUUUAAAUUGCAAAGACAUAUCAGGUGAAUGCUAUUCCUGUAAGCCAGAAAUAGCUCUCGAUGUCGCUAUUAUCAAAAAAACUACUUGUUGCCCAGAUAAGCAUUAUUCUGAUGGUCUUAACUGUCUUCCUUGCGGGAUUAUGUGUGAUGACUGUAUUUCAGCUACAAACUGUUCUGCUUGUGACGACCAAAAUUUACAAGAAGUAGAUUUGCUUAGCCCAGGGAAUUGCAAAUGUGUCGGAUCUGCUUAUUAUGAUGGAGAAACAUGUCAAGCUUGCAGCUUUUUGUGCUCAGUUUGCAAUGCAACUGAAUGCAGCCAGUGCAUUGAUUCGGCCAAUAUGAUCCAAGAUCCAUCAAAUAUUAGUAGCUGUAAAUGCAAGGAACAAUUUUAUUAUGAAAAUACUACAAAGCUCUGCCAGCCUUGUAUGGAGAACUGUCUUACUUGUUUUGAUGCUUCUUCAUGCACUCAAUGCAAAUCUGGCUAUUAUUAUGAUGGAUUUUCAUGCCUGAUAUCAAGCUGCCCUAAUGGAACAUACAUAGAAAAUAAUACUUGCACGGAUUGCAUAGCUCCUUGUGCUACCUGCUAUAAUUCUUCUUUUUGCUAUUCUUGUAUAAAUCCAGAAAUAAUGGUAUUAAAUCCUACAUCUGGGGUUUGCUCGUGCCCAUCUGGCCAGUUUUAUGACGCUAAUUCGCAAGAAUGCAGCUCUUGUAAAAGUCCUUGCUCAACUUGUUUUGAGUCUGCUGAUUUCUGCUUAAGUUGCAUUGACUCGACGAUGGAUUAUGAUUCAACUUAUGGAACUUGCUUAUGCCAAGUGUCUAAAUAUCUGGAAUCUGAAAAAUGUAUUGACUGUGUAAGCCCAUGUGAGACUUGUUCAUCAUCGGAUUUCUGUUUAAGCUGUGCAGAUUCUGCUAUGGUUUAUGAUGAAAUAUCUGGAGUUUGUGCCUGUCCUGAUAAAAAAUACUUUAAUUAUUCUACCAAAUCAUGUGAAGAUUGUGAAGGAAUCUGUGAGAAGUGCUUAAAUUCAACAUUCUGCCUUACUUGUAAAGAUUCUACGAUGACUUAUAACUCAACUACAGGGACGUGUAGCUGCCCUUCAAAUUAUUAUUUUAACAAGGAUAGCUUAUCUUGUCAAAGCUGCCAUGAAACCUGUGAGGACUGUUUAGACUCAACUUCAUGCACCUCUUGUAUAGACUCUGCCAUGAAAUAUGACAAUAAUACAAAGCUCUGCACUUGUGGCGAAACUCAAUACUUUAACUCAGCAGCAAAAGCUUGCCAAGACUGUAAAGGUCCUUGUAAGUCUUGCACAUCGGAGACAUUCUGCACUUCUUGUCUUGAUACAUCUACCCUUGAUAUUUCCACAGGAACUUGCUCUUGUUCUCAACAUGAAUAUUUUAAUGCUUCUCUUUCUCAAUGUAAAGAAUGCUCUGGGCUAUGCUCAACCUGUUUAUCUGAUGCUAUCUGCGAUUCAUGUGUCUCUAAUACCAAUCCAAUAAAUAAUGGGAUUUGCUCAUGCUUAACAGGGUUUUAUCUUUCAUCCAAAGAAUGCUUGCAAUGUCCUUCUCCAUGUUCUUCAUGCUCUAGUAAUACAAAGUGCGACACUUGCAAAAGUCAUGCUUAUCUUGAUUCAACUGACCAGUUUUGUCACUGUCAAACUGGCUUUACGCUUAGCAGUUCUGACUCUUCUGGCUACUGCAAAGCAGAUUGCAAUAGUUAUUGCACAGAAUGUGACAUUGAUAAUGGAAAUAAAUGCUCCAAAUGUAUUACAAAUGCAGAGCUCUCAGAGACAACUUGCUCUUGCACUGAGAACUCCGCUUAUGAUAGUGCUACUAAAAGUUGUCUUUGCAAUAGUGGAUAUAUUCUGUCUAACAGUAAAUGUGUGGCUUGUAAGAAAUAUCUUUCCCCAACUGAUAUAAAAUCAGCAGAUUUCAGCUCGGCAUGGACUUAUCUUUAUGUCUACUUCAACGUCAAACUUGAUACCUCACUAGAUCCAGGCUGUUCCAAAGUAUUUGAGGCUUCAACUUAUGUUUUACUUGGAAGCAGCCCAAUUUGCUCUUGGGCAGAUUCCAAGACACUUAAGGUGGCUCUAGGAACUUAUUAUGGGCUUAUGCAAUGAAAUUAUAUUAGAAAAGAAAUUUUAGAUAAAAAUAAUUUUAUAUUAAAGAGGAACCAUUAUGGGCUAAGAACACAAACUAUUUACCUUGAUGGGACAUAUCUUGUUAAAGAUACCACAGAUUCCUGCACAACUGCAUAUCAGCCGCUUUCUAUAGCUAUUUCAUCAACUGCACCACCUUCUCCAAUUGCUGUUAUUAGUGGCCAAACAAAUCUUUACUUAAGCUGUGGGACAGAUGCUCUUGUAUAUUCUGGCGAAAGAUCUCAAAUGGGGUUAGGCUCUCCUCUAUCUUAUAGCUGGUCUGCUCGUAUUUCUCCAUCUAAUAAAAGCCUACUCGAUUUCAUAACUUCUCAGAAUACUCCUUCUAUCUCCAUUUCUAGAUCAUAUUUCCCUACAUCUGUAUCUACCACUUUAGCUGUUACUUUAAAUGCAACCAAUUUCCUAGGGUACUCAAACCAAGCAUCGCUUACGACCACUAUUAAUGCAGGCAGCGCUUUGUCUAUUAUAUUUGACCAGGGCAACUCAGUCAGUAUGUGGUAUUCCUCAUCAAAAACCCUCAAAGCAAAAAUCACCUCAUAUUGCUCCACUUUUACAUCCAGCCCUGCUUCCUGGACAUGGAGUUAUGAUACAUCUACAAGUCCUUCUAUCAACUAUGAUGCAAUACUUAAAAACGCUAAAUCUGAUAAAUUGACGAUCCCAAAAAAUACUUUACCUGUAGGAGGGCCAUAUACUUUUAUUGCUUCUGCUUCACAAGUGAAUGCUAAUGCUACAUUGACUGGAAGUGGCAAGGUUUCUAUAACAGUCACUGCUUCACCUUUAAUUAUUCAGUUGUCGAAGACCAGCGGUGAUGUUUCUCCCAGCGAAGAUUAUAUAAUAAACGCUAUUGGCUCAAAAGACCCUGAUGAUCCCAAUGGAACCUUAAAUUAUAAAUGGAUUUGCCAAAAUAGCGAAGACGAGUCAGACUGUUUAGGAAGUGACGGAGAAAUACUGCUAGUUGAUGAAACAGCUGCAACUUUGACAAUUCCUACAAGUAGGAUGGUUAAAGGAGCCUUAUGGGACAUUAUCUGCACGAUUUCAAAAGACACUCGAAGUGCAAGCGCAAUGGUAGAAAUCAACAUUUUGAAUAUUUCCACUGAAAUCUCUAUUGCAAUAACCAUGACUUUGCAAAAAUUCAGUCCUCAGCAAAACAUUCAGUUUUCAGCAUCUAUUAAUUCUAAUGCUCCUGCUCAAAUUCUUUGGUCAGAAAAAACAGGUGCAGAUAUUUCUAUUUCUCCGAAUUAUCUAUCAUCUAUUUCAUUCCCAUCUAGCUCUCUGAUAGAAGGCUCCAGCUAUAUUUUUACUCUUACCAUCACAAUAGACUCCUCAAAUCUGCAAUUCGUUACUCAGCUGCCAGUCACAGUAAACUCAGGGGCUUCCUGCUCUGGGGAUUUCAUAUUAAGCCCAAGCAGCGGCACAGCCUUAGUCACUAUGUUCAAUCUCGGGAUUUCUGGCUGCUAUGACAAAGAUGAGUCAGACUAUCCAUUAACAUAUACAUAUUUCGAUGCCUGAAAUAGCAAACUUUAUGUCCUUGGCUAUACCUCAGAAACCAAUUCUAUACAAGCUUAUUUGCUUCCUAAUAAAAACAGUCUGACUGUCCACGUUUGUGAUAGUCUGAAAACGUGUGCGGAUUACUCAACUGAAAUAACUACAUCAGAAUAUUCCAGCAGACUGUUACAAACUUCUUCAUUAAUGGAUGCAUAUUUGAUGAAUAUAAUAGAUACUGAUAAUAUUCCAUCUACUAUAGCCAUUUUUUGUAGCUCUGCUACAAUUGAGGCUUCUUUGUUUUCUCAGAUGUGGAGUGACUUACAGAGUUAUGUGGAAAAUAAUGAUAUUGAUGAAAAUUUGCUAGGAAGUGUGCUAGGAUCGGUCUAUGCGAUGGCGGGACAGACUAGUUUAGUGACUAUUGAGAUGUUCCAGAGUAUGUUUGACUGGCUUGAUGGAAUACUUUCUGAUAAUCCUACAGUAGUGCCUACACAAGAAAAUAUUAAAAUUGUUGUAGCUCUAGUAGAUGAUUAUCUUUUGUAUGGGAAUUCUACUAAUUAUGAGGGAAAAGCUUUAGAAGAGUAUAUAAUAGCUGCUGACAAAUUCCUAUCAACUUGGACAGUUGCAGCUACUGCUAACGAUUUGGUAACUCAGAGCGCACUAGAUGGCUCUCAAAAUACAAUUCAGACUAAAGUUUUUAAGCAUAGAAACUUCCCAAGUGCAAUGACUAAUAAAACGAUUUCUCUAGGAGAAAAUAGGACUGUCUCAUUCCCAUCUCAUUUUAGCUAUCCAGAUACAGAUAUUAUGAACAUCAAGGUUGACUAUUAUAACACCUCAAAUGAUUAUUCAGACGUUGCAGUACUUAGUUUUGCUCAAUCUGGAGCUUAUAAAAGCUAUGCGUUAACAAAAUCAGCAGAAGAGUAUGUCCCAUUUUCAAGCCAGGAUUAUCCAGUAACGUUAGAAAUGCCGAUUUAUGACAGUAUUGAGGAUGGCUAUAACUGGACUUGUGUAUUUUAUAAUGAAACUGAUAAAGACUGGGUAUAUGAUGGCUGUAGCAUCAAAGAAAUCAAAGAGAAAAGCAUCAUUUUCGAAGUUUAUCAUUUCUCUAUGUACAAGCUCGGCCAAACCAAAAUCGCAAUCCCUGACCUCCCAACCCCUACAGACUCAGAAUCAUGCCCUCAGAACUAUGCUCCUGUCUAUAUUUUGGCAUCUGUGUUUUUCUUUAUUCUGAUUUUAAUUCCUAUAAUAAUCUUUUUGGACCGGGCUGAUCAUAAAGAAAAACGCAGCAUUAAAGUGGCUCCUGUUAAUUCCCCUGCAGAUCGCAGUUUAGAUAAUUCUCAACAAAAGAAUGAUAAUCUGCAUUUCGGACAAAAUACUUUUGUUCAAGAUUUAGAUGGAUCUGUUGAGAUAAAGCACGAAGAAAUUGUUGAAAGAAGAGAUAUUAUUCUAGAAGAACCAAAAAUAGACGAGAAAAUAGAAUUAGAGUCUGAGGACGUGUCUAAAACUGAGCUUGCUCUGCUGUUUGAAGGUCACUUAGUUUUUGGGUUGAUAUACUAUAGAAAAAAUUAUUCAAGAAAAGCUAGACUAUUUGUAUUGGGAACUGUUAUUGUUUUUGAGCUUUUCUUAGAAGGGCUUCUGCUGUAUGUUUUUGAAAAUACUAACUCCCCCCCUCCAUGAGUGAACAAAAAAUUUUGUUCACACGAAGGGGAGUUAAUUUUUUUUCGAAAUUUUAAAAAAAUCCUAAUUGCAAAAACUGGGAAGCAAAUAUUAAUUUAAUUUGUAAAAUUUAUGUUUUAAAACGCAAUUUGUUUAAAAAUUCAACAGAAUUAGCUCGAGAUUUCAUUAUCCUAAUUAUCACUUAUAUAUCAAAUUUUUUUUUAUAAAAAUUUUUGUUCACUCACGGAGGAUUUUUCUAAUGGUUUUGUUCACUCACGGAGGGAGGAGUAAGUCAGGAUUCUCAGCAUCAGCUGAGACUCUGUUUGGAGACUACGAAGGGAAAUAUUUCGCUUAUAUCGUUUUGGCGCUUGGGAUUACAAUACCUAUUGAAAUAUUCUUAAGCUUGGUGUUUAGCACUAGAAGAAUUAAGACUCUAGGCUUGCUUGUUACCGUUACUUCAAUAGAAAUUAUCAUACUCCUUGGAUCACCUAUUGGUAUUAUAAUGCUGACUCCCCCCCCCCCCUCCGUGAGCGAACAAAAAAAAUUUUGUUCGCUCACGGAGGGGGGUUAAAUUUUUUUUUUUAAAAAAAAUUUAUAUAUAAAUUUUAUAAAAAAUAUUUUUUUCGAAAUUUAAAAAAAUCCUAAUUUGCAAAAAUUGGGAAGCAAAUAUUAAUUUAAUUUGCAAAAUUUAUGUUUUAAAACGCAAUUUGUUUAAAAAUAAACAGAAUUAGCUCUAGAUUUCAUUAUACUAAUUAUCACUUAUAUAUCAAAAUUUUUUUUCCAUUAAAAUUUUUUCUAUUAAAAAAAUUUUUGUUCACUCACGGAGGGUGGGUUUUUGGUCAAAAAAUGGCGAUUUUUCUAUGGUUUUUGUUCGCUCACGGAGGGGGGGGAGUGAGCAACAUAUUCUGCUCGGAAUGGAGUGGAUAUUGGGCAAUUAGCUUCCUCUACGGAACUCUCUUACAAGUAUUUGGAUUCGAAACAAUUUAUAUGUGUGUGAGGUAUUUUAUACUUCAAGCAGUUCCUCGAAAUAAUUAA